UCCUUUCGGGGAAUGCUGUCAACUCAGCUGGUAACACGGUGAACAUCAAAGACUUCCGACCACGAAAAGUUUGUCUUUUAAUAAAUGCAAUAGACGAUACAAUGUCAAAUCCUUCCUGAAAGGCCAGCAGAAGACUACAGACCAAGCUACAUCUCGGCCUCGGUGUUCUUUUUAUUCUAACGAUAAGCACUAGAAACUGGCUGCGUCUGAUGAAGAAGAAAGAGCUAGUUGAAGACCCAACUUCAUAAAAACCAGCGUGAAGAACAAGUUUGACAUUAGUAUGAACAACACAAACUCUAGUGUCGUGAAUCUUUUCACCUAUUCUCUUGUUCUCGCUCCUAGGCCUAUCUUUGAAGUGAUCUUUGAAUCACUUUCAAUCAUCAUCAUCAUUAUACUAGCCUUGUUCGGCAACAUUCUGAUAUUGAUUGUCGUAUACAAAGAGGGAGGAUUCAAAAAGAGUUCCAACAUACUACUUAUCAAUCUAGCUAUGACAGACGUCACGUCUGCAGUCUUGGGAUUCCCACUAGUACUGGUUACCAUAGCGACAGGGAGGUGGAUCAUGGGUGACGUCAUGUGUCAGUUUCAGGCGUACAUGUCGUAUGUUCUUUACUCCUGCACCCUCUGCACAUUAACAGUAGUUAGUGUCAAUAGGUACACACUGCUGUCGAAACCUCAUUUCCAUCGGAAGAUCUUCGGAAGGCGCAAAACCGUUGCCUUAGUGAUAGGUAUAUGGGUGACGUCAUUUUCUUUCGCUACUCCUCCUCUGAUUGGUUGGAGUAGAUACGUGUUUUUGGCUGAUUAUGCGAUCUGUGUGACGGACCCUAUCGCGAGCCCUUCAUUCAAUACGUUUCUAUUUCUAUUCCUGCUUGUUAACAUGUUCAUUAUCAUAUUUUGUUACGCUAAAAUCUUUUCCACCCUAAAACGUAUCAAAAAACUCGGUGCUCAAAAUCCUGACGCUGUAGCCAAUCAGAGCGCUAGACAGCCUGUUGCCAAUCAAGGGCCAGGGGCACCAGCCAAUCAGGAUAUAGGAGCACCAGUAGCCAAUCAGGAGCCAGAGCAUAAUGAAGAGAAUGUAAACGGUGAGAGUAAUCCAUCACAAGCCAAUCAAAAUCUGGCAUCAAGAUCAAACGAAAUUCAAAUAACCGCCAUUAUAUUUAUCAUCAUUUGUUUGUUUGGAUUUUGUUACUUGCCAACUUUUAUUGUUGGUUUUUUCGUGUUUUCCUCUUCAUCUAUCACUCGUUCAAUGCGGUUGUUUUCAACAUUUUCAAUUUCAUUGACAAGUGUCGUAAAUCCGUUUGUGUUUUGCAUAAAGAGCAAAGCCUUCAGAAAACUAGCUAAACAGAUUUAUAGAGGAAUAACAGGUUGCUUUCAAAACGAAUAAAACAAGUUUCAAAUUAUUCAAUCAGGUUUAAGAAAGAAAGAAAGUAAGAGAUUCUUACUGAUCAUUAUCAAAUAUUCUGUAUUAAUUAAUAGAAAAUAACUUUAAAUAAUAAGUAAUAUGUAUGUGAAUAUCAAGUCAUUUACAAACCGGAUAUUAGUCCCGGUAUUUGCCGCUAGUAAUGGCGUUUGAAAAUAUCCAUAUUCGCUAUAUUCGCAAUCUUGCUAAUAUUAAACACGUGACCAACUUUGA